AAUAUAAUAUGUAUUAAAGAAAUAAUCUUCGUAAAAUAAAUCAAAUAAUAAAGCCAUUUCUAAAAGCUGAAUUAGAAGGAUUAACAGUAUACAGUUUAUACAAUGUGUCUUAAUUGCUAAAACUAGAACUAGACCCAUUUAUAAGGCUAGAUUAUUUUAAUGCUAAGCUUCCAUCAGGAUUUCCUGAUCAUCCUCAUCGUGGAUUCGAAACUGUAACUUAUAUCAAAAGUGGAAUAUUUUUGUAUGAAGAUUUGUAAGGAAAUAAAGCAAACUUAGGUGCUGGAGAACUACAAUGGAUAAUAGCUGGAAAAGGAAUAGUUCAUGCCGAAAUUCCUGCUUCAUAUACUGAGAAUACAGUCGGUUUUUAAUUUUGGUUUAAUGUAGAUUCCAAAAAUAAGAUGUGUGAUCCUUUAUAUUAACGAUUUAGCUCCUAAUAAAUUCCUUUAGUGGAAAGUAAAGGAGCUCACGUAAAAAUACUUACGGGAGAAAGUUUAGGGAAAAAAGGGAUUGCUUAAACUAAAAAUCAAGCGAUUUUUUUAGAUGUAUCUCUAGACUAAAAUGCUCAUUUUAAUUAAUUAAUUCCUAAAGAAUUUUAAGGAAUGGCUUUUGUUUAUGAAGGAAGUGCUUUUUUUGGAGAAAACAAAAUUAAUGUAGAGUUGAAUUAAGGGGCAUUAAUUGAAAUUUAAGAUUAGGAAAUUCUAUAAGUUAUAGCAGGUGAAUAAGGCACGAAGUUUAUUCUUUUUGCUGCAAAACCGAUUAGGGAAGCAAUUUAUGGUUAGAGCCCAUUUGUCUUAGAUUCUUAAAAAAACUUAGAUUAGGCUUAUGAAGAUUAUUAAUAAGGCAAAAAUGGAUUUGAAGGAGCUUAAGAAUGGAAAUCGGAAAUUUAAUAAUUGAUUUUAAAAAAAUGAUAUUUAUAUAAAUAUAAAUAUUUUAUAAUUAUAUUCUUUUAAAUUCAUAAGUAAUUAUUAUAUAUAUAUAUUUUAUAUAUUUAUAAACAUUUUUUUUUUUUAAAUUAUUUAAUAUUUAAUAAUAAUUUAAAUAAUUUUUUUUUAUGAAUU